UUUGAAACGUGGCCACCCAAUGUACCAUAGUGCGUUGUUCGCCUGGCCACCCAGAAUAUGGCGCGGGUCCCUAUGCAUAAACCUGGAAGGCUCGAUCAACUUUAAGAAAACCAAGAACCACAUGGCCCACGGGGAAGCUUCAAAGCAAGCACCCUCAAUUCUGGCGGCCGCUAAUUGGACAUCGUCUGAGACGGCACUUUUCCCGGAUCCCGAUUUCCUACCAAGAACACCGGGUUCGGUUCGUGACUCGGAAUCGCGGACAUUCUACGGAUAUGGGUCGAAGAAAAUUCUUGUUAGAGUAAUGAGAAACGCAGUGGAUUACAAAUACGUCCAAUCGGUAGACGUUUAUUUUAACUAAUAAUUGUAACCAAGCUGCCGGCACACAGUGCCUACUUGAUUGCACGCAGUCUUCAACUCAACAAUCCUCCUAGACUGCUGCGGUCAAGCCGAUCAUCCCAGCCAGCUUCUCCGUCCUGAUCCUGGCUAGUGGCUUCGUGAUAAGGUCCGCCACCAUGUCCUCCGUUGGACAGUAAACGCAGCUUACCUCCCCCUUCUCGAUCUGGUCCUUCGUGAAGUGGAAUCGCGUGGCAAUGUGCUUCGUCCUGUUGCUGAACUUCUCGGCAGACAGCAUCUUCAAGCAGCUUUGAUUGUCUUCCUGGAUAACGACUUGCUGCUCGUUGUUCAGCUCUCGCAAAAGCACCUUCAGCCACAGCGCCUCCUGCACCGCUUCGGAAAGCGAUACAAACUCGGCCUCGGCGGUUGAUAGCGACACACAGCUCUGCUUCCUGCAUGCCCAGCUCACCGUUCCGCCGUUGACCUUGAACACGAACCCGCUGUUGGAUUUUCUGUCCUCUCGGUUCUCCGCCCAGUCGGCGUCGCAGAAUCCAACGAUCCCGCUGUCGGUUCCGUUCUGGCUCAGUCGCAAUCGGUAAUCUUUGGUUCCUUUCAGAUACCUCACGACCCGCUUCAGCUCGUUCCAGUCGUCCUGCGUUGGCCUGCUGGUCUUGCGGCUCAAGAUGGACACCGCCGCCGAGAUGUCCGGCCUCGUGUUGACGGCAAUGUACAGCAGCUUCCCAACCAACUUCUGGUACUCCUUGUUGUCCGGAAGAGGCUCCUCCUCCGACUCGCGCUUGAUGUACCCCGGAUCCAGGGGAACGGUGGACACCUUCGCGUCCGCAAGUCCGCUCGACUCGACGACUUCUCCGUUGGCUCAGGAAGUAAUCACCUUGUGCGUUCUUCUCGAUGCCAUCUCCAUGCCGAGGUAGAACCGGAUGUCUCCCAGCACGCUCAUCUCGAAGUUUUGCUGCAGCGCUCCGGCCAAGGCCUCGAUCAUCUUCGAAUCUUCGCUCGCAACAAUCAAGUCAUCCACGUACACAAGAACAUAGCAUCAACGUCCAGCUCGUCGCUUGCGGUACAGGCACGUGUCCGCCACACACCGCUCGAAUCCUUGCCGCUUCAAGGCAUCGUGAAGCUUCUGAUCUGGAAUCUGGACUGCGCCGCCUGCUUCAGUCCGUACAGGCUCUUCUUCAGCUUGCACACCUUGCCUUUUGCGCCUUCGAAUCCGCGUGGCUGACGCAUGUAAAUCUCCUCCUCAAGAUCGCCGUAUAGGAAGGCGGUCUUGAUGUCGUACUGCUUCACGGUCAUGCGUUUCUUCGCAGCAACAGCCAUCAGCGCGCGAAAAGUCGUUUGUCGCACCACCGGCGCGAACACCUCGUCGUAGUCGGUCCUGUAUUGUUGGCUGAAUCCUUGCGCAACCAACCGUGCCUUGAACCGCAACAUGCGACCAUCCGCGUCCCGCUUGAUUUUGUAGACCCAUUUCGAGCCAACAGCUUUCCGAACAUCGUCGGCAUCAUCGUAUUCGCUGGAGUCGCUCGAAUUGUCCUCGAGUGUCUGAGAAAUGGUGGACACGGGUAGACCUUUGCCAGAACGAUAAAGUCUUUGUACUUGCCUGGAAGGAUGUGCUCCCGACCGCUGUGCCCCAACACCCCUGACCCGGGUGGUUUGGAAAUGUUUUGCGGAGGGAGUACGUUGGUCAUGGUGGAACUACUGCCAGCUACUUGGUCAUCGACCACAGCAUCGGUCCUAGGCCCAGGGACCACAGCUUCCACCACAGGCUCUUCGUGGCCGUCGUCUUCGAGGACACCAUCAACAUCGAGAGGCUGCUCCUCCUCAACGGCAACCGGUUCCGGCGAAACCAGUCCAGGCUGAUGCGCGGCAUCAACCUUCGGAGUUGUACCGAAGUCAAGGGAAAUUACCUCCGGUUUCUU